GAUUGGGUUAGUCCUGCGAUUCCACGUUCUCCAUUUCCUUCCAUGUAUAGCUCCUCCAUCGUUCGCCGCUUCCCAAUCUCCAUGGAAGAAUUUCAAUCUCUCCAAAUUCAAAUCCAAUACAUGCAAUGCCACCACGCUCUUAAUUGAUUCCAAUUGCCCAAUCUCGCUGAUGAUUAAUUGCGUUCCAAUUUGAAGCGAUCGCAGCCUGCCCUAUGAUCCAGCUUGGAAUCAGUGGAAUCCGAAUUUCGAGUGGAAAACCCUCGAUCCAUCUGAAUUUUUCGUGAAUUGAUGAAAUGUCGUGGGGAUUGAGUUGGAAGCGCUCGGAAUCCUUCCACUUGACGCUGAGUUACGGCUCCGACGCCGAUGAAAUCUCCCAAACGGCGUCGUUUUUUGACGCGGCGGCGUUUCACGACGCCGAAAUCGUGGACGAGACCAACGAGGACAAGCAAUUAGGGUUCAGGAUUGAUCUCGAUUGGAACACCGGCGGCGAUGACGAGGACGAAGCGGCUUUCUGGCUCCAGUCGCAGGCCGCCGACGCCUUCCCCCCGCCGGAGGACGCCGUUGAAGUCGAAUUGAAUCCCGCCGAAGGUAAUUUGGAGAACUCUGUGGCGGUGGUGAUGAGAGUUCUGACGAGGAGGGAGCCAUUGAAGGGGGUUACAUUAUCGAGAGCUGGUGGUUUGGGGCAGCACAACGACGCCGGAAUCGGAGUUCUAUUGAGGCUUAUGAGGAUGGAUUUGACCACUAAGAUUACAGAUGAUGUGACUGCCGCCAUGGCCGAUUGCCUUGCAGAGCAUUGGCAUAAUGUAUCUCUCCUCUGCCUGGCCGGUCUUGGAUUAACCGCAUUGCCAGUUGAGAUAACACAACUUUGUAAUCUUGAGAGACUGUUUCUUGACAAUAACAAGCUAUUAGUUUUGCCGCCAGAGAUUGGUUCGUUGAAGAACCUAAAGGUUCUUGUAGUAGACAACAACUUGCUUACUUCUGUGCCCGUUGAGUUGAGAGAGUGUACAAAUCUCAUCGCGUUGUCUCUAGAGUACAACAAGUUGGUUCGACCGCUUCUUGAUUUUAGGGCAAUGUCCGAGUUACGUGUUUUAAGGCUUUUUGGGAAUCCCCUUGAAUUUCUUCCAGAUAUAAUGCCGUUACGCGAUCUUCACCACUUGUCUCUUCCAAACAUUCGGAUAGUUGCAAGCGACAAUUUAGGGUCGGUUGACGUACAGAUUGAGAUGGAAAACAGUUCGUAUUUCAUUGCAUCCCGACACAAACUGAGCUCAUUGUGCUCACUCAUAUUCCGAUUUUCGUCUUGCCAUCAUCCUCUGCUGGCAUCUGCUUUAGCAAAGAUGAUGCAAGAUGAGUGCAACCGUGUAGUCGUAGGAAAAGAUGAGACUGCACUGCGGCAGCUUAUUAGUAUGCUAAGCAGCGAUGAUCAAAAUGUGGUCGAACAAGCAUGCUCUGCUCUCUCAGCUCUUGCCUCGGACUUUCCAGUCGCAAUGCAGUUGAUUAAGCUCGAUAUCAUGCAACAUAUCGAGAGAGUUUUGAAAUCUGCAGGGCCGGAGAAAGUAAUUUUCGUUUUGCAGAUUGUGGUUAAGCUGGCUUUUGCGUCUGACACUGUUGCCCACAAAAUGUUCACCAAGGAUUUGUUAGAGUCGUUGAAGCUCUUGUCUGCCGAUCAAUGUCCAGAGGUGCAAAAACUAGCGCUGUUUGCCAUCGGGAACCUGGCUUUCUGUUUGGAAAAUCGACACGCAUUAGUUAAAUCCGACAGCCUGCGACAGCUUCUUCUGCGUCACACACGUUCUUCCGAUUCAUGUGUGUGCAAAGCUGCUGCUCGAGUUCUGGCAAUAUUAGGGGAGAAUGAGCUUCUGUGCCAUGCUGUUCGAGGGCAAAAGAUUCCUGAGCAAGGAUUACGCAUACUUGCCAUGGAUGGCGGCGGGAUGAAAGGUCUGGCAACGGUUAAGAUGUUGAAGGAAAUUGAAAAGGGUACUGGCAGACAGAUUCAUGAGCUUUUUGACCUUAUUUGCGGAACUUCAACCGGUGGCAUGCUCGCUGCUGCUCUCGGAAUCAAAAUCAUGUCGUUGGAAAAGUGCGAAGAAAUAUAUAAAGAACUUGGGAAACUUGUUUUUGCUGAUCCAAUUUCGAAGGACAAUGAGGUGGGUACGUGGAGAGAAAAGCUGGAUCAACUCUACAAGAGCUCGUCGCAGAGCUUUCGUGUCGCUGUGCAUGGAUCUAAGCACAGCGCAGGUGAGUUCGAGAGGCUUCUGAAGGAGAUGUGCGCCGAUGAAGAUGGAGAUCUGUUGAUUGAAUCGGCAGUUAACAGGAUUCCAAAAGUCUUCAUUGUUUCGACUCUCGUUAGCGUCUCACCGGCACAGCCAUUUGUGUUUCGAAACUACCAGUACCCUGCAGGGACACCAGAGGCCCCUUCUGCAGUUUCCGAAAAUAUGGUGACUGAGGGAGGAUCAGCUGUGACACCGACCGGAGCGCAAGUCGGAUAUAAAUGCAGCACUUUCAUGGGGAGUUGUAAGCAUCAGUUAUGGCAAGCGAUAAGAGCAUCGUCUGCAGCACCGUAUUAUUUGGAUGAUUUCUCCGAUGGCGUGUAUCGCUGGCAAGACGGGGCGAUCGUGGCAAACAAUCCUACGAUAUUCGCUUUGCGCGAAGCGCAGCUGUUGUGGCCAGAUGCUAAAGUCGAUUGCUUGGUUUCAAUCGGUUGUGGUUCGACUCCGCCAAAGAUUCGCAAAGGCGGCUGGCGCUAUUUGGACACUGGACAAGUCCUGAUCGAGAGCGCGUGCUCUGUCGAACGUGCAGAAGAAGCGUUGAAUACAUUGCUCGCCAUGCUCCCCGAUAUUCAAUAUUUUCGAUUCAAUCCAGUCGACGAGCGUUGCGAUAUGGAGCUAGACGAAACCGAUCCGGCAGUCUGGCUACAGCUCGAGAACGCCACAGAUGAGUACAUCGAGAACAACUUGACCGUGUUUAGAACUCUUACGGAGAAAUUGCUCGAGGGUCGUGACGAAGAGACAUUGUCAGUUGGUUCGAAAUCCAUGCCGUGUUCUGAAGCCGAAGUGUCAAACCCCAGUUUGGGCCGGAGACGGACCAUACUUCUCGUUGAGGCCUCGAGCAGUCUGGACUCAGAAAACGCCUACCACCACGCGCCCGCGCUUCAGACAUUUUGUGCUGAAAAUGCGAUAAGCUUGUUUCACCUAAACGUCGCUUCAACAGCCAUUAAAUCAGCUUCGUCGUCAAAUGCUCUGCCAUUGUUUACUGGUAGUUUUACUUCGACUACCCCGCCUCGCAGCCCCACGGUCAUCCCCAAGCAGCUCAGGAGAUUCGAUUCUGACCCAACCGAAAGCUUCAAUGGAUUUCAGUUGGGGCAAACGAGUUCUUCGCCACCGAAGUAUCCUUCUCAUAGAUCACUUCCGCUUCCGGCUCUAACUCUGCACGAGAAAAUAAACAGUUCGCCGCAGGUGGGAAUACUUCAUUUGGCUCUGCAAAACGAUGCACAAGGCGCAGUUCUAAGGUCUUUUCUGUGUUUUAUUCGUUCACGCUGCGUUGUAUUGCUGUACUCUCGACUCAUCUUCUCCGUCAUCCUUUUCUCAUGUAGUUGGCGAAGCGACGUGUUUGUGGUAGCCGAACCAGGGAACUCGGCAGAGAAGUUCGUCCGAAGCGUUAAACUCAGCUUGCUGUCAUCGUUGAAUGGAGGCAAGAGGAGGAAGUAUGCUGCCGCCUCCGCCAUCGACAAAAUUUCGACCGUUGCGGAGCUUAUCUCGCGCGAGCCCAAGUUCCAAGUCGGCAGCGUCUUCCACCGAUACAUCGGGCGCCAGACGCAUGUUAUGGAAGACCAUCGAGAGAUAAGCGCAUACAUGUUCCGUAGGGCGAUCCCUUCUCAGCACUUGAUCCCCGAAGACGUGUACUCGAUGGUUGGAGACUGGAGAGAGAGGAUUGUAAUCUUCGGUGGCGUCGUCGGGCCAACGUGGAAUUUAACAAAAGCGCUCUUGGACGCGGGCGCUAAAGCUGUCGUCUGCCCCUCUUCGAUCCCCGAAGAAAUCCAAUCGACGUUGCGAGAUAAACCGAAUGGUCAUAUUAGCUUCAAUGAAGGAGGAGGAGAAGACAACCAUGUCGUCGAGGCUGCUACAAAUCCGACGAGUGACUUUGAAAAUGAGCCCGAGACGAGUGGGCAGCAGUCGACGUGUUUUUGGGACGAUAGAGAGAAGGAAGUGUCGGAGUUUAUGAUCAAGGUGUAUGAUUCACUAUAUCACGGAGGGGAAAGAGUCGAUGUGGCCGUGAAAAGAGCUAUUGAAUCGCAUCCGGGAAUGCGAUAUUCGUGCCAUCUUCCACAGUAAGUGAAUACGACGCUCGCCAAGACGAGCCAUGGGAUCGUGCUCGGUCGAUAUAUUUAUACCGCUUCCCAUUUUAGGUAUUUCUUUUGCGAAAUAGACAAACACAUUGUACAUUUAUUGAGAUAGAUCGGUUAAAAAAAGGAAGUAUAGAGAUAGUAACGAUAUAUAGUAUUGAUGUAUCCAACUUAGAUUCAUCUUAUGGAACUACUUUUGUAUGGAAUUGAGAGUAGAUGCAAAGCAAUAAAAGUCAACCAAAAAAAAUA